AUGCUACCAUACAAGGUAUCGAUGAAAAACACUCAUGCUACUCUUGCUACGGCUGCAGCUAACCGUUUUUGCGUUUCGCUGAAGUGUGGAAACUGGAACGUCAUCGAUUCGAUGUCCUUGGAGCUAAAUGGCAAGACUAUUGUUUCUAUGGCUGACUAUAAGCUUUUCUGGAACAAUAUUCGUGCUCAGACUGGAUAUAGUCCUCAGUAUGUUGAGAAGCAUGGUGCUGAAUCUUUCCUGUAUCCGGAUGCUGCUCAAUCAACCAAGUACAGUGGUUCUUCCAAUCCCUCUCCCAAUGGAGACGGGUAUUCGAAUAAUAUGCCAAUUUCAACGACCUUUAACGCCGGCUUCAUAGGUGCUGGCACAGCUGGUGCUAUUAUGGGUACAUGGAAUAACAUGCUCAAAAUCAAACUCGUUGAUUUACAUCCGAUCUUCAAAGAGCUUGAUCUUAUGGCUAACCCUCAAAUCCGUCUUCGUUUCCGCGUUAAUCAGGGUACUGCUGCUAUUGAUAUUGAUAGUUCUACUAGAAUGACGUUAUCGAGUACUACUCUAUCAAGUGGUAAUACCUGUUCAGUACUGGUUGCUUCUGCGACUUCUCCAGCCCCUAUGUACAGUGUUCUUAGUGGUACUGGAUCCAUUGCUGUUUCUUGGGGUGCGGUCGUCAAUGCGCUUGAGCCUACAAUUGAUGGUACGUACAUGCCUUUCACGAGUUCUAGACUGUAUGUCCCGUUUGUUCAUUUGGAGAACCCUCAGGCUAUCAUCUCGAAGCCAGUAAAAAAGCAAUCGACUCAGCUUAAUGCUUCUUUCGAUCUACAGCUAUCCGCAUCUGUCAAGAAUGCGAAGUAUGUUAUCCUUCUCCCCUUUGCCGAGCAAACUGGAAACUUUGCCACUGCUGCUGUUCAGCAAUUUCAGAGUCCAUUUGAUAGCGCUCCUUGGACUCUUCAGCCUGGUUCGAGCAUUCGCAACUUCAAUGUCCGUAUCGGUUCGACUCAGUGCUUUGAUAUCAGCCACGAUUAUGACUUCCAUCAGUUCACUAAUGAGGUCGCUAAAAUUGGCUCGAUUAAUGGUGAUCUGACCCCUGAGCUCGUGAAUGGACUUCUUGACUAUCAGACUUGGUCGCUAACUAACCGUGUCCUAAUUGCUGAUGUAAGUCGUCUAACCGAACGUGAUGUUCCGCAGGCCAUUCAGAUCCAAGACACAAACGCUGGUUGUCAGGGAACAAACAUCUUAGUCAUUACAAAAGAUUCUGAAAUUAAUUAA